UGCACAUGAACGACCUGCCGGAGCUCCAUAUGUUAUGUCGUAGUCGAGAUGCUCGCUUGGGGCCGCCGAUCGUUCCGCCUUCGUCCUGUCCAACCAGUAUCGACUGGCUCCAGGUGCUGUGGUGUGACUUGGCGGAAAUUGAUGCGUCCGAGACACUUGCACCGAUGAUCCGUAGUGACGAGCACGGUGGACGAUGAUGAUGAGGAGGAGGAGGAUGAUGAUGAUGCAGACAUCCACGUCCUUGACUUUCAUGACCGAUCGUGGUUGUUUUCGGGUUGCGUCGCAAUGUUGCGGAGACGUUCUUCUUCUUCGUCUUCACGACGCCCAUAUACAUGUCGAACGUCUCAUGGACAGACAGUACAUACACUGGCCAUGGAUCAGUGACAACAGGCGAUUCCAUGCUGUCGACUCAUGCAAGAGCGCAGGCAUCUCACGUGAGCCCUGGAGGUCAUCGACCGUGAAUCGCAGGUGCUCAAUCAACGGAUGUACAAGGAGCAGCGCUCUCUGCAGACAUCCAUCAGCAGCGACGAUGUUGCUGUCAGGUGGCCGGACACCACGUGAUGCACACAGUUCACCCAUACCUGCCUCGUAUUGUAGUGUAGUAGGGAAGCGAACGUUCAUGCGGGUACUUCACAGCUUCACAGCUUGACACCUGCCCAACUGGGCGGACAGUCUUCUGCUUUUAUCACAUGCCGAUCACCUUUCACCUUUGGGAGAGGCAUCAAUUGGCAUCGAUUGGCAUCAAUUGCCGCGC